UUAUGUGCCUCCGGUUGAAAAUUUUCUCCGUUACUGCCUAUGUACAUUUGCUAAGAAUUCUCGUUGUGAACCAAAAACAAAAUCUCAUUUUGAAUAAAAGUGGAGCAGAAUCUUUAGUGAAGAAAUCAUAAGCCAUUGGUGGUAAUGGAGUAAAGUUGUACUUCAAAAUGAUGCAAACAUUUAUAUCACAACGAACUUGCUUCGGUUAUUCAAUUUUCUUAUUCCUCCUGGGAUCAAUAUUUUUAUAUGUACAUAUCUCCCGUUCUCAAAAUAUCCCGAACUUUUUGCGUAAACUCCCAUAUAAUGUGACAGAUUUGGGAAAUUUUGUUGUUUCGGAACAACAAGAGUGCCCAAAAGAAAAUCCUCACGCUAUUGGGCGUUUAAAAAUCGAGACUAAUGUACCUACUUGGGAUUCCUUAAUGGAGAAAUAUACAUCAUCACCCUCUCAACGUAAAAUUAUCCUUUCAAAAGGUGGCAACUAUUCACAACCCAGUUUAAACCCUGUGGUGAUCCACAAUGGAUCUAUUAGUUCCCACAAUUACACUGAUUCAUUGGAGAAAUACGUCGGAUUGUGGCGUCCAAAUGUAUGUGAUCCAACUGAAAAGCUGGCUGUUAUUGUCCCGUACCGAAAUCGUGAUAUUCAUUUGCGUAUGUUUUUAGGACAUAUGCAUGCUUUUCUGCGUAACCAACUGCUUAUGUAUACCAUUUUCGUUAUAAAUCAAGACGGUGAAACUCAUUUCAAUCGUGCCCUUCUUCUGAAUGCUGGGUUUAUCGAGUCGAAACGGGUUACAAAUUUCGACUGCUUCAUAUUUCAUGAUGUGGAUUUAUUGCCUGAAGACGAUCGAAAUUCAUAUCGUUGUGCCAACCAACCGAGACACCUAUCUGUUGCUGUGGACAAGUUUAACUACCGUCUUCCUUAUCUUACGAUUUUUGGCGGAGCUGUGGCGUUCACCAAGAAACAGUUUGAAAAGGUUGGUGGAUUUUCAAAUAUGUAUUUUGGAUGGGGUGGAGAAGAUGACGAUUUAUACGCUAGAGUAGUCUAUCAUAAUUACAGCGUUAUGCGUUACGCUGAAGAAAUCGCUCGUUACAGAAUGAUUAGUCAUAAGAAAGACUCAAGUAAUCCGGUCAAUCCUAAACGUAACGAACUUCUGAAGGAUGCAUCAAGUCGCUUUACAACAGAUGGUUACUGGAAUGCGAAUUACACGCUACUGGAGUCUUACCCUGCUCACAAUGGCCUGUUUUAUUGGGUGUCGAUCACUCCAUAAAUGGGUGAGAAGAUUCAGCACAUUCCGAUUAUUUGUGUUGUCAUAGAAUACUCCGUAUACGAAGAUCACAUCGUUCACCGAAUUCCCCAUGAUUUUUUUUACUCAAUGACUUUUCCUACUUCUACUUUCGUUUUGUCCAGUUUCCAUAAUCUUUUCCAACUAUUAUUUUAGAUUUUGUAUAUUUUACACAAAAUGCU